GGGGGGGGGACUCGAGUGUUAGAACAUUUGACUUAAACUCAAUACAAGGUAAAAGUUAAAAUUGAAUUUAAGUCUAUGAAAUACUGAAUAAAGUAAAUUAAUUAAGGUAAAUGCUCCUGAUUUGUUCCUUUUUGGUCUUCGAUUCCUAUAAAAAUUCAAAUUGAAAAAAACACACAGUAUACAUAGGGUCUGGAAUUCCUGGUGCCUAAUUUAUUCAUGCAAAGCUUUGAAAAUACUACACUUAAUUAAACUCCCAGAAUUCCUGUAAAGAUCGAUGUAUUGUUGUAUGUUUGUUUGUUUUUCCUUUUAAAGAGGGCAGUUUUGAUAGUGUAAAGAGUGUAAUAAAAGCACAGCAUAAUAUAUGCUACAUCAUCAUUUUAACAACAUUUAAUAAUUGUAAAACAUAAAUAAUCAACAAUGUUAACAAUAAUAGUUCAUAUUUAGUGACGAGUAGGAAAAACAAUUGUCUCUGUCGCUGGAUUCAUGUCAUUGCUGUUAUUUUGAAUGGUCUAUUUUGUCUAUAUUUUACAUCAUUUACGCUAUAUCACCACCAGGUGUCAGUAAGGUCUAAGGGCUGAGGCUGACACGAGCACGGAAAUGAGGACAGAAAAAAAAAAUAACAACAAAGUAGCAGGUAUGACGAACUCGUGAAUAAAAAUAAAUAUGGCAGAUGUGUGUCGUUGUUGUGUUAAGUAGAACGCCUGUCGUGAACUAUCUCCCAAGUAUAUAUAUAUAUAUAAACACAAUAUCGUCAUUUUAUCGACCCAGUUACAACACACGAAUUACUUUGCUACGCCAGCGUCUUUUGGUGUGUGAUUAAGGCUAUUGAGCACUUAACAGAUACAUGUGUAUGGAGUGACCUGAUUGGUUCUCUGCUGAGGGAGCGCUGCUUGAACUACACUCAGCCAAACUGCAGACAAUCACAAGGUGAAAAUGGAACCGAGGAACCGAUCACAUUCACGUUUACAGCACCCGCCUCCAAAGAGCUCUGGAGGAGAGCGAGGCGUGUGGAGUCACUCCACCGUCUGCUCGCUUCACCAGGACGGAUCAGCGUGACCCUCCGCUGCCCUGCCCCACACGCUCCCGUGCGCUCCGGUGAUGGAGACGCAGCGGUGAUCGGGGAAGAAGAAGCAAGUCGAGACGCACUGGACGCCGCUUGGUGUUUAAAGAAAAAAAUGGGCAGUUGUUCAGCUUUGCUCUAACACCGGCGCGUCAUGGCAGGGAUACACACUUCAGAUGCUUUGUCGGGACAUUUUUUAGACCCUGCUGUCGGCGCCCCGGCAGCUCAGGGCGCGACCAAUCUUCCGGGAAUUACCGGCGACGCGGCGCCACUUGUCCCCGGUGGCACCCGGGCGUACUUGGAGGUGUCCUCCGCCGUCCAGGGCUACGGAGCCGACAGAGUUUACACCAAUGGACGGUACAGGGAGCAGGGCAGUCCAAGGAUCGGGAGUGGCAGCCGCGAUCACUCCGCCGAGAGGAGUCAAGGAGCUGGAAACACACCUUGCGGCAUCAUGAAGGAUGGUUCCAAGCAGAGACAAGUGAGGAAGAAGACUGUAUCUUUCAGCACAAUGCCAAGUGACCGAAAGAUCAACAGCACAGCUGCCUGCAUGGCCUUUAUGAUGGAGGGAUGUGAGAUGAAGAAAGUGCGCUCCAACUCGCGCAUGUACAACAGAUACUUCCUAUUAGAUCCCGACAUGCGCUGGCUACGCUGGGAACCGUCAAAGAAAGAUUCAGAAAAGGCCAAACUGGAGAUAAAAAGCAUUAAGGAGGUCCGCUUGGGAAAGAAAACUCCGGUUCUGCGCAGCAACGGGCUCUCGGAUCAGUUCCCUGAUGAAUGCGCCUUCUCGAUCAUUUAUGGUGAUAAUUACGAGUCCCUCGACUUGGUUGCUAGUACGCCAGAUGUCGUCAGCACCUGGGUGAUGGGCCUGAGGUAUUUGGUGUCAUAUGGUCGGCACCCGGUGGACAUCGCAGAGCCAAGCCAACCGAGUUUGCGAACAUCAUGGAUUGGCUCAGUGUUCGAGCUAGCAGAUAUGGACAAAGAAGGGCACAUAGACCUGUUUAAGGCCACCCAGAUAAUUAAGGGCCUGAACCCUGGAAUGAAAGAAUCUAGAAUAGAGUUAAAGUUUAAAGAACUACAAAAAGCUAAAGACCAAUACGGAGAAGCAAUAAAUAUGGACACGUUUGUGGAGGCCUACUGUGAGCUUUGCACACGACCUGAGAUCUUCUUCUUGCUGGUGCAGUUCUCCAGUAACAAGGAGUAUUUGGACAGUAAAGAUUUAAUGUUAUUCGUAGAGGUGGAGCAGGGUGUGGAAGGUGUAACGGAAGAAAUGUGCAGGGAUAUUGUUCAUAAAUUUGAGCCAUCUGCCAAAGGCAGGGCAAGAGGUUACCUCUCCCUUGGUGGCUUUACACACUACCUCCUCUCCUCGGAAUGCCACAUCUUUGACCCCCAACACAAGCGAGUUUGCCAGGAUAUGUCCCAGCCUCUGUCGCAUUACUACAUCAACUCCUCCCAUAAUGCAUCCCUACUGGAAGACCAUUUCUGGGGUUCAUCAGAUAUCAGCAGCUACAUCAGAGCUUUGAAAAUGGGCUGCCGCAGCAUUGAGGUCAUUGUUUGGGAUGGUCCAGACAAUGAACCGGUAGUUUAUGUGGGAAGCUCGGUGGCCUCACAGCUGGCCUUCUCUAAAGUCCUGGACAUUAUUAACCAAUAUGCUUUUGAGAGCUCUGAAUACCCCCUGAUUCUGUGUUUGGUGGCCCACUGCUGCAUCCUCCAGCAGAGGGUCAUGGCCCAGCAUAUGAAGAAGAUACUUGGUGAAAAGUUGUAUGUCAGCCCCCCAAACAAAGAGGAAAUCUACCUACCUUCCCCCGAGAAGCUCAAAGGCAAAAUUCUCCUUAAGGGUAAGAAGCUUCCUCCCACCUGCGCCGAUGCUGAGGGUGAUGUGACGGAUGAGGAAGAAGGUUUGGAAAUGUCUCGAAGAGUAGGAUCUGAUGAGAAGGACCAACUAAAUGGCUUAGGGUACAGGAGACUCAGACUGUGCAGGGAGCUCUCUGAUCUUGUAUCUCUCUGCAAGUCAGUACAGUUCAGGGACUUUGAGAUUUCCAAGAGGGACCAAAAGUUCUGGGAGGUUUGUUCCUUCAAUGAGGUAGAUGCAAACAGAUUUGCCAACGAGUUCCCAGAGGAAUUUGUAUGUUAUAACAAGCGCCUGCUGUCCAGGGUUUAUCCCACGCCUAUGAGAAUUGAUGCCAGCAACAUGAACCCACAGGAUUUCUGGAAGUGUGGCUGCCAGAUUGUGGCCAUGAACUACCAGACGCCAGGCUUGAUGAUGGACCUGAACCUCGGUUGGUUCAGACAGAAUGGGAAUUGUGGGUAUGUUUUGCGGCCAGCCAUCAUGAGAGAGGAGGUCUCCUACUUUAGCGCUAAUGCCCGGGACUCCCUUCCAGGGGUUUCCGCACAGCUUCUUCAUAUUAAGGUGAUUAGUGGACAAAAUCUGCCUAAACCUCGUGGCUCGGCUGCCAAAGGUGAUGUAGUGGAGCCGUACAUAUACGUGGAGAUCCAUGGAAUCCCAGCUGACUGUGCCGAGCAAAGAACCAAGACUGUAUCCCAGAACGGUGACAAUCCUAUUUUUGAUGAGAGUUUUGAAUUCCAGAUCAAUUUACCAGAGCUGGCAGUUCUCCGCUUUGUAGUGUUGGAUGAUGACUACAUAGGAGACGAGUUCAUUGGGCAGUACACCAUUCCAUUUGAGUGCCUACAGCCAGGGUACAGGCAUGUACCCCUGCAGUCCCUCACAGGGGAGUUCCUACAGAACACCACCCUGUUUGUCCACAUAGCCAUCACCAACCGGCGAGGAGGCGGAAAGGGUAAUAAGAGGGGUCUGUCUGUAAGGAAGGGCAGAAAGGCUCGGGAGUACACCACCACCAAGACCACGGGGAUCAAAAUUGUGGACGAGCUGUUCAGAGCAUCCACCCACCCCCUCAGGGAGGCCACUGACCUCAGAGAGAAUGUGCAGAAUGCCAUGGUGUCCUUUAAGGAGCUGUGCGGUCUUACCCCAGCAGCCAAUAUGAAGCAGUGCAUUCUCACGGUUUCCACUUGGCUGAUGAACAGCGAGCGGUCGCUGCGGGUCACGGUGGACCUGAGUGAGACGUACCCCACCAUGGAGGCCCAGGGUCCAGUUCCAGAACUGUUGCGCAAAGUGCUGAACGCCUAUGACAUGAUGAUCCAAACCAGCAGAACACUGAUCGAGUCGGCCGACGUCGUUUACUCCAAACUCACACAAGCACAACGCGCCGGUCUGGACUUCCACGAAGACCUGCAUCGCAUCGGAGCGAAGGAGGGUCUCAAAGGACGCAAACUUCAGAAGGCCAUGGAGAGCUAUGCGUGGAACAUCACAGUUCUUAAGGGUCAGGCCGAUCUGCUGAAACACGCUAAGAGCGAGGCACUGGACACACUGCGUCAGAUCCACUGUGCAGCUCAGUCCUGUGGCCUCAGUAAGAACGGAGCAGCCUCCCCUCAGCUCCAGCAUCACCCUCUCCACAUGGUGCCACAGGUCCAGCUACAGCAGCAGCAGCAGCAGCAGCCUCAGACUAAUCCUCCGGCCAUCCCUCCACCUUCAGCCAUUUACCAGUCCCAACCUCUGCCCCAACCCCACAUGGCACCUCAAGCCUGUCUUUAUUCCUUACCACAGCCACAUCCGCAGCUACUCUCUCUCCCGUUGGUUCAAACUGUCUCUCGACCACCAGCCUAUCCUCAACCCCCGCCCCUACCUCAGUUUCAGUUACAGGGCCACCAACAGAGGGCAGCAGGGCCUCUCGAAGCCAUCCCCGAGAACGACAUGAUGGUCGGUGGUGAUCUGACGGGAUCCUGCUGACCCGCAGCCUGUGCCCACAGAGAAACCUACCCACAGAGAGACGCGGAGGUGAAUUUAGAAACCGAGAAGCAGAAGUGUUUCCAGGAAACACAGGAGACCUUAGAUGAAAAGAGUAUGGAGGAGGUGAAGGAAAGGUUUAAAGAGAUGAUGGUGGUAAGGAGGACGCGUCGUGCAAGAACCGAGACACAAGUUUAAGAGAAGUAUUUGCGCAACGUGGUGCUGUUCUUUGUGGUCGCCUGUCACUCUUAAUAGGAAAACAACAACAGAGCGUUCAGUAGUUGAGCGACGAGUUCUCACUGUAACCAAGCU